UUCACUCUCCUCGCUGCUUAUUUCCAUCACAUACAUAACUGACUUUCCGUGUGCUCUGCUCUCCUAUACGCCAUGGACUACAGCAACGAGGCCACGAUCACCGCCGCGGCGCAACCUUACGGCCGCUCCAUGUCGCCGCCGUCGCGCGUGUCGUCGUGCUCGCCGCCCCCUGUAUUUCCGCUGAUGGGGAACGCGCCGUCGUCGCCGCCGACCAUCGUCCUCAGCCCGUGCGCGGCGUGCAAGGUCCUCCGCCGCCGCUGCGCCGACGGCUGCAUGCUGGCGCCCUACUUCCCGCCGACCGGGCCCGCCAAGUUCACCACCGCCCACCGCGUCUUCGGUGCCAGCAACAUCAUCAAGCUCCUCCAGGAUUUGCCGGAGAGCUCGCGGGCAGACGCGGUGAGCAGCAUGGUGUACGAGGCGGAGGCGCGGCUGCGGGACCCAGUGUACGGGUGCGCCGGGACGGUGUGCCGGCUGCAGAAGGAAGCCAACGAGCUCAAGGUGGACCUGGCGCGGGCGCAGGCCGACCUCCUAAGCAUCCAGACACAGCACGCCAACCUCCUCGCCCUCGUCUGCGUCGAGUUUGCUGCCAAUCACCGAGGCGACCAGCAGCUGCACCAGCCACCGCCACUGGGCGACCAGCUGAACGGCAUCGGUGGUAGCGGCGGCGGCGCCAUGUACCAACCGCUAUACAACUCGGACUUCGACUCCGCGCCGUGGGAAGAGGCCCGGCAGCUCUGGACCUGAGCACGCCGGCUACGGCGCUUAAUCACUAGAAGUACACGUAGUACUAUACAUAUUAGUACGUAAAUACAAAAUACUAGUGUUGUACACUAGAUGUUCAACGGCAAUGACUUCGUCUUUUGGUGAGUCACCUUGGAUCUAAAUAUUAGUGACGAAGCCGCGUCGAGUUCGGGUAAGGAGAUGAUCCGUCAUUUUUUUUAUGUCUACUAUGAUGAUGCCAGAGGCAUAUGAGGGGCGAUGGUGUGAAGCUACAGAAUUUAUUCGGUCUUGAUUGUAAUUUUUUUUUUGGCUGAUGUUUCUCUUCGUGCAAAGAAG